ACGCUCUGUAUUCACCAUGAAUUCUUUUGCUAGCCGUUUCUCAACUAUUGGGCCUGCAGUGGAUUUGAAACGCCUGAAACAAGCCACGGGUAACGAUGAGGACGUCUCAGACUCUAUGUGGGGCUCAGAGGGCGGCUUCGUGAAUCUCGCGAAAGGCGUGCCGACAUUCUCUGUGCCUUCCGUUCCAGACCCGACUGCAUUCCUGCGAAUGCACACAGACGAUCAUGCAGACCCGAAUUGCAGGAUCAAGAUCAAGCACGGAACGACGACACUAGCGUUCAGGUACCAGGGGGGUGUGAUCGUUGCCGUGGAUUCUAGGGCGACAGCAGGAAGCUAUGUUGCGUCCGGGACGGUGAAGAAGGUCAUUGAAAUCAACCCAUACCUACUUGGGACGAUGGCUGGUGGUGCUGCCGAUUGCCAGUUCUGGGAGACGUACCUUGGUAUUGAGUGCCGAUUGCAUGAGCUCCGUAACCGAGAACGGAUCUCGGUUGCCGCUGCUAGCAAGUACCUCAGCAAUCUUGUAUACAGCUACAAGGGCAUGGGUCUCAGCAUGGGUACCAUGAUCUGUGGCUGGGAUAAGACCGGUCCCGCCAUUUUCUAUGUUGAUUCAGACGGCACGCGCUUGAAAGGAGACAUGUUUUCGGUCGGCUCUGGCAGCACAUUUGCGUACGGUGUGCUUGACCAGGGGUACCGGUGGGACCUUACAGACGAGGAAGCCCAGGAGCUUGGGAGGCGCAGUAUAUACGCUGCAGGUCACCGUGAUGCGUUCUCCGGAAACACAAUCAACUUGUACCAUGUCCAGCAAGACGGCUGGAAGUUCAUCGGCAACUACGACAUCUCCGAAAUGCACUACAACGGUCCAGAGGGGAAGGGUGGCUAUGGCUACGACAUACGUACCGAGGGGCGCAGCUCGGCGAACCCUCCUCCGACCUCUUGAGUGCGCUUGUCGUGUCACGAUAUCCAUGUACUCAGCUAGUGUAAAUUUAUGUGGCGUGAUUUGAGGGUGC